GAGGCUUUCAGUUUCACUCAAAAAACGGUGCUUGUAGUUCCGCGGCCCGCUCUUUGCUGCGACAUUACUUCGUGUUAGAGCUAAGUAUGGGUGUUUAAGGACCAUGAUAGCGGCCACCUCAGCAACGAGCGCGGCCCCAACAGCGGUCGGGGCCCAAAGUUUCGACGUCGAUGGUUCAGCCCGGCCGACAGGCUGGCGGGACCUCACGCGUGACCUCAUCACUCGCAUCGCAAGCUACGCACAUCCAAACGACGUGUCUGGCGGUCUCAAGCUGCUCAACGUUGAGACGGCCAGCUGCCUGCGAGGGUACCGGCGGCUGGGCCUGGCAGCACCCCCCCUGCCGUGGCCCGGGCACGACCUGCCCCCGCGUGCGCAGCAGCCCUGGCCGGGCGACGCGUUCUUGCGGCACUGGAGCAAACCCGAGCCCUGGCGUGCCCUGAACUUGCGGGAGCGGCGCCGGCUGCUUUACCUGGCGGCGUCUAGUGGUCAUGCCGCCAGCCUGGCUGCAGCGGUGGCGCACUGCGGCUGCGCGCUGGACGUGCAUGCGCUGGAGAGCGCGGCGGCCGUCGGUGACGUCGAGGCCUGCGACACACUGGUGAAAGCAGGCUGCGAAUGGGGGCAGUCCGCGCUUGCCGCCGCCGCGGCCACGGGCCAUCUGCCUGUUUGCAGCUACCUGUGGGCCGCUGGGCUGCGCCCCGCGCCCGUCAGGAACAACCGCUCAGCCGUGGUGGAGGCGGCCUGCCGCGGCGGCCACAUGCACGUGUUCGACUGGCUAGAGGAGGUGGGCUACAUACGCGUGCUGGCACCUGCAGAGCCCCCGCCCGCGCCCACACCGCCGGCACCCCCGCCCUCCCCAGCUGCACGUGCUGCUUCUGUCUCAGCCGGUAUCACCAAGCGAGCUGCCAGCACCCGCGCUUCAGCCCCCAGCACCGAUGCCCGCAGGUCCGCUGCCCGCGAGGCGCCCCCCUACCUCCACGCGUUUGCGGCGCUCAUGGCAGCGUCCCGCGGCCACACAGCCCUGCUGCACCGCCUGCUGCGUUUUGGCCGCGGCCGUCACAGUGACAUGACAGAGGACGACGACGCCAGCCGCGGCUGCGAUGACGUGGGCCGGCAGCUGGACGGCGUGGCGGGGCCGCACCGGCAGGGCCUGCUGCUGGCGUAUGCGUCCGGCUGCACGGCUGAGGAGUUUGAGGCCGUGUAUGAUGAGUACCUCCAGUACGAGUGGGGCCGCGGCAACGGCGGCCUGGCGCUGGGGGAGCUGUGCUCGGCGCUGCUGCAGCGCGCGGCCAGCAGCCUCCGCCCCGACGGCAGCUGGGCGCUCAAGGUGGACCUCGUCCUAGCACGGCUGCGGGAGCGCAUGGGCGGAGUGGACGCGGCAGCAGCAGUCGGGCGGGGCGCAGGCGCAGGCACAGGAGGAGGCGCAGGCGCAGGCGCAGGCGUACUACUGCGAGCGGCAGGCGCCGGCUGGGAGCCGGGGCCGGGGGUCGGCGAGGAGGGCUCGUGGAGCGUGUGGGUGGGCGCGGCCGAGCACUGGCACCCGGAGGAAGUGGAGCGGCGCAUGCGCUUCCUUGUGUCACGGGGCCUGCAGCCAAGCCCUGGCGCACUGAGGGCUGCGGCGGCCCGGGGCAGCGUGGGGGCGGUGGUGUUUCUCCUCAACGAGUACGGACUACAACUGACACCCGCGCUCAGUGAAGAGGCCGCCCGCUGCGGCAGGCUGGCUGUGAUUCGGGCGCUGCCGGCGUGGCACGACCUGCCCCACAAUGACGAGAUGCACAGGCGGCUGGUGAGUUCAGCACUGGCGGGUGUGCGCCGGGCCAAUCUGGCUGGCGCAGGCGAUGUAAAUUACGGAUGCGUCUACGGCUGCGGCUGCAGCCCGCAGCAAGGCACUGGCACCGAGGUCACGCAGGUGCUGAGGCGGCUGGUGCUGGACCGGGUGGCGGAGGCCGGCGGCAGCUGUGGAGGGAGAGGCGGGGGCGGAGGUGGAAGCGGCGGAGGCGAAGGCGAAGGCGCAGGCGGGGGCAGGGCCAACGGCAGCGGCAAGGGAGGCGGCGACAGCAGCCUUUCGGAGCCGGGCCUUCACGGCGGCGUGGGCCAGGAUGGCGGGACCAUCAGCCUGCCGCCGUGGGCCCCAAGCCCGCCGCGCUACCAGAGCGCGGAGCACUGGCUGCACAUGUUUGAAGAGGCCUGCGGCUCGGGCGUGAGCGACACAGCGAUCCUAGCGCAGCUGCUGUCGUGGGCGGGCCUGUCGGGUCCGGUGCAGCCGGCAGCAGCAGGCGCGGCUGCAGCUGGCGCAGCUGCGGACGAGGAGGAGGACGACUGCAGGGUGCUGACGGUGACGCGCGUGGUCAACAGCAUGCUGGCAGCCGGCUCCGAGACGGCGGUGCUGUGGGCUGCGAGGCGGCUGCGGGAGCUGGGUUGCCACCCCGGGCCGCCCCUGACGCUGCUCCAGCUGUGGGCGGCGGCGCUGGGAGGCAACUUCGCCGCAGUGCGCGCCGCCUGUGCUGCCGGCCUGGGCCGCAUGCCUGACUGGCUGCCUGACUGCGCCUACCAGGUCGGCCGGCAGCCAACAGGCCAUGUGGUGUGGGCCCUGCGGUUCCUGUUGGAUGAGCCCGGCUGUCGUGGCGCGCCGUCCUGGAGAAAGCUGUGGCGGCGACUGCGGGCGGCACAAGAAGGACGGGUGCGGGAGCUACAGCUGACACCGGCACAGGUGGAUUGGCUGCGGCGGCGGCAGGAGCGGCAGGCGCAGGCGCGCGGGCGGGCGGCGCGGCAGGCGGCGGGGCGGAUGCUGUGCGGUGUGGGAGAUGUGCUCCGGCGCGUGUGUGGAGUGCGUGGGGCAGAUGGCAGUAGUUUUGAAGACGGCGGGGACAGCGAUGAGGAGGACAGUAAAUAGGUCGCCCCGCAUGGCUCCCGUGGCGGCCCCCACGUGCGUGCUGGUGGCAUCCGUGUACGGCGGCGCUCUGACACCGGACGCAGCGGCCAAGGCCAUUAAGGCCGCGUCGACGGUGCCGCCACAGCGGUUCUGCCUGGAGGGUGUCAAGGUUGAGCCGACGGGGUUGAAGGCCGCUGACAUGCGCCAUCACCGUUCUGGUAUAACUCCGCUACCGGGCACCAGCGCAAUACCAUGCCUCAAGACAUGGGGCCGGAAAAUGUUCCAACGGAAACGGACGGCAGGGCUGCGAAAUGUUAUACCGGUCGGCUGCACAGUGGCAGUCGCUGGCUUGGCUGCUUGUGUGUGCAAUGGGACAGGGUUGAAGCGGGUUGGCGAGGUUUCAUAGGGUGCAGCUGACGCCCAUACCCCAAGCAGACGGCAAACACCUGCCUUGCACCCUGUCCCAUCACACACCCAAGCAGACGGCGAACAAUUUGCAGCGGCAGAGCAGAAGUGCAUGGCUGGUCAAACGCCGGAGUUACUGUACUGGCUUGGCUGCUUGUGUGCAGCGCUCGUAUCUUAC